AUGAAUGAUGGAGGGACGGUGUGGGUUACCCUGGCUUUACCUGAGGAACCAGUUACUCUGGUUACCCUGGCUCUACCUGAGGAACCAGUUACUCUGGUUACCCUGGUAAUGUCAGUUACUGUGGUUACUCUGGCUCUACCUGAGGAACCAGUUACUCUGGUUACCUUGAUAAUGUCAGUUAUUCUGGUUACCCUGGCUCUACCUGAGGAACCAGUUAUUCUGGUUAUCCUGGUAAUGUCAGUUAUUCUGGUUACCCUGGCUCUACCGGAGGAACUAGUUACUCUGGUUACCCUGGCUGUACCCCAAGUACCAGCUGCUCUGGUUACCCUGGAAAUGUUUGUUACUUGGUUUCCCAGGUUACCACCUGUGGUGCUUGUUGCCCUGGUUACUGUGGCUGUUGUCCCGAUUAAAUUGGUCAAUCAGUUGCUCAGCUUAAAAAGAAAAAUAAUCUCACCCACGCAGGCUAAGGAUUCUGAUAUAGCAGAGAGACAGAAUUUUGUGAAAUGUGACAUGGUUGAACUAGUACUGACCCCGAGGCCUUGUUUGGAGCUGGAAUGUGAGGAUGACCCUAUGCCACACCAAGACAAGCACUUUAAUAGACAAAGUGAUGAGAUUUCAGUCAAGAUGGGAAUGAAUCACAGGUUUCAGAAAGCAGUUUUGAAAAAUGUUCUUGUGUAUCUAUUUUUACACAUACUUAAGUGCUGGUUUCUAAAACGUGUGUUUCAAACAGGUACUUUCAAAGGAAUCUGCAAAAUAAUUGAUCACUUUCCAGAGGAUGCAGAUUAUGAGCAGGACACUGCGGAAUACUUAUUACGUGUCGUCAGGGCCUCCAGUAUAUUCCCGAUACUGAGCGUGGGAUUACUGUUUCUUGGAGGUGUCUGUGUUGCAGCUGGUGAAUUCUACAAGAGCAAGCACAAUGUCGUCCUCAGCUCUGGGAUUUUUUUUGUAGCAGCAGGUUUGAGUAACAUUAUUGGAAUCAUUGUCUACAUAUCGGCUAAUGCUGGAGACCCUGGGCAAAGCGAUUCCAAAAAGAACAAUUACUCCUACGGAUGGUCCUUCUACUUUGGGGCACUGUCGUUCAUCAUUGCUGAGACAGUGGGGGUGUUGGCUGUGCACAUGUACAUCGACAAACACCGACAGCUGCGAGUCAAGUCACGCAGCGACGUGCUGAAGAAGUCCACCCUUGCGCGGAUCCCCAGCUACAGGUACCGAUUCCGGCGAAGGUCGAGUUCCCGGUCCACGGAGCCUCGGUCCAGGGAGCCGUCUCCGGCUGGGGUUAAAGCCUACAGCGUGCCGCCUCCCAGUGACAUCUCCAUGUACACACUGUCCAGGGAGCCUUCCAAAGCCGCGGGCUCCGCCAAACCCCCUGCCGAGCGGGACGCCAAGUUCUUGCAAGUUCGCAACUGCCUUUCCAAAGACUCGAAGGAAGCUGCUCAGGCCAACCCGGCCAACAGGCGGACCACGCCGGUCUGAAGCCACAGAUUGACUCCUUUGCUGCGAGCGGGUGGACUGACGGCCCGAGGGGAGGGAGGCCCCGGGGACUCGCCCUCCAGGCUGGGGCUCCCCAGGGCAGCUCGGGCCGCCGUACCCCUUCGAUCUGGAAGAGGGGGCGAAUAAUUCACUGCCGGAGAUGAGAAGAUCGUCCCCGCCCCUUCAGCCCGGGAAGUGUUUCGUGUUCUAACUAUAGACAUUUCUGUUCAAGACCAAGUUCUUUCUUUGAUCACCCUGGAACCACCUACAAAAUCUGCUCCAACAUUUCUCAACCUUCUCUGCAUGUGUCUUCGGGAUUCUCUGUAUCACUGACAGUCCUUUAAUGAUGGCAAAGACUACCUUUUUAUAUAUAUAUAUAUAUUAAUGAAGCAGCAUUGGUUCAAUCCUAGCAUUUUAAUGCCUUCGUAUUUUAACAUUCUGAAUAAAAUCAGCGCAGUUUAAAUUAAAUAGUUUAGCUGCCAAAAGCACAGAUUAAAAAUGAACCUCGGUGAUUUAUGUAAAAAACAGCAGAAAUAAACGCACAAGGACAUUCAAAA